GAUUUGGGUGCUAUACCUGAAAACAGCAUGGGUGACAACUAUACUACUGAUUUCUACAGGACCAAUGAAUGGUAUAAUAUCUGGCUGCCUGAUGAUGCAGUGCAGAAAGGCCUACAAGAUACUAAAACCGUAUACGAUGUACGAAUCAGAUAUGCAAACAAUACAAAUGCAACCUUCUCUUUCCACGGACCCCCCGGAGCGGAAGAAUAUCCAGGACCGGUCAACUGGACCAGACCUUACUUUGACUGCGGAAGAUCUAAUACCUGGAAGUUUGCUGCUGUUGUUCCUAUUGCAGAUAUUUACCCUAGACAUACACAAUUCAGACACAUUGAGUACCCUACAUAUACUGCAGUUUCAGUUAUGGAAAUGAAUUUUGAAAGGAUAGACAUAAACCAGUGUCCGUUAGGCGAAGGAAACCCUGGACCAAACAAGUUUGCAGACACAGCAAAAUGUAAAAAAGGAACAACUGAAUGUGAACCUUUACAUGGCUGGGGCUUCCGCCGAGGUGGUUAUCAAUGUCGGUGUAGGCCAGGGUUCCGCCUUCCGAAUGUAGUUCGGCGGCCAUAUCUAGGCGAGAUAGUAGAGCGUGCAAGUCCAGCACAGUAUGGAAAGCGUGGAAACUUUGACUGUAAACCAAUUGGGUUCAUUCAGAAACUACCAGUUGAAAAGACCUAUUCUCUUCCGUGGAUGCGUGAGCAGUACACAGAACAAUACUUUGAGUACAAAAACUACACCAGCCAACAAGAAUGGAGUCUUAAAUCUGUACAUCACAGGGAGUCCGUAGGCACAAAGAAGAUAAAUGUUGAUGAGGUGCUGAACUAUAUUCACAGUAUCAACCCUACCAACUGUAAAAAUAAAACUGAGGAGGACCUUCAGCUGAAGGGAGAUAUAUCAUACGGAGCAUCUAUACAAUUCGAGAAUGAAGCUCUGAUGGCAGUUAGAACUGCUAAUUUUAUAUCGGCGUUCCUACAAGUUGUAGAUCCCAAGGAGAUUUUUCCAGGAACAAGGGUUGUGGAUGAACCAUUAACAGAAGAUCAGAUGAUCGGAGAAGCUCUGGCUAUGGUGAUGGGAAACAGCAGAAUCUGGUCAGCUGGAAUAUAUUUUGAUACAAGUCAAUUUGUUGUAAAGCCUAAUCGACAGCAGGGAAACCAAGGUCCUCAGAACGAUCCAAGACAUAAUACCAGAACAUAUUUUGCUCCAUUUGCUUACAAGACAGAGUUGAACACGAGGAAAUUCAAUCUGGAGGAUCUUGCUAGAUUGAAUAACAGUGCUGAAAUCUACACGAAUGAAAAAUGGUUCAAGGCUUUAAAAUCUCGGUGGUCCAAUUACUUUGAUACUCUAGAGAAACAUUGGCUCAAAAUGUAUUUCAGAUCUCGUGACGGUGUGAACAAAACCAAAAGUGCCGGAACCCUGGAUGAUGAAAAUGCUAUUCCUGAUCCUAUGUAUCUUCGAAGAUACGAACACUUCCCAGAAUACUACAGAGCCGCAAACCUGGACCAUGGACACUGGACUGCGCCCUACUAUGACUGUAACGGGUUCUUAAAGAAAUGGAAAAUAACCUAUGCCUCGCCGUUCUUUGGGUUCAACAGUCUUAGGAACAGGAUCGAGUUCAAAGGUGCAGUUGCAGUGUCUAUGGACAUCAAGAUGCUUGACGUUAAUCAAUGCAACGGAGAAUACCAUGUAGCAAACGCGUUUAAAAGAACGCACAAGUGUGACGAAAAAACAUCCUAUUGUGUUCCAAUUGAUGGUAGAGGGUUUUUCACCGGUGGAUACAAAUGCGAAUGUAAACAGGGAUAUGAGUAUCCAUUCGAAGACCCUAUCAUCUAUUUUGACGGACAAAGGCUGGAUAAUGAGUUUCUGAACAUGGUAGAAGGAAAGAAGAAUUGGUUCGAUAUGUAUAAAUGCAGACUUGCCGGUGCUGCUACCUUGUCGUCUUCCUUUAGCAUAAUAAUGUUUGUUAUCACAAUUUUGUUUAUGCUCCGACCAGCUGUUCAAAGAUAAUCUGGAACAAUAAAUAUCAAUCAGGAAGAUUAAUCUCAAAUCACAAUUCUCAAUUUAUCAAAUUUAAAAAUGCUAGGUCUAAAAUCUUGUUAAAUAAAAUGACGGAUAUUCGUACUUGGUAUUUUCACACAAAAAAAGUUUACUUUCUAUUACAUGAUUAUUAUUUUGCGGAGUUUAACUUAAAAAAAAACUUCUUUCUAUUGUAAUAUUUAAAUCUGUCGUCAUUUCUCUUUCCAUCGCUUAAAGUAAAUGUAUAUAUAUUAUUUUUCAAAGGCAUUAAUGUAAAAACAUUCAGAUACAUUACAAAAUAGUAAUGGUUAAGUAGUUUUUUAACCCAAAAGUCUGUACAGUGUACAUACUUAACUGACGUAUAUUUUUGUACCGAAUGAAUUGGUCCUAGUUCAGUAUUCAUCAAUUUUAUACCUUUGUCCUUUAUGUAUUUUUCUAAAAAUAUAUAUUUUUGUACAUU